GGUGGCAUAAGAAGCUUGUUUCUGAGACUUUGGGGAACAUACUAAAUGGUGUAUUCUCUAACAGCAAACAAUAAGCAGUUAAAUAACCCGUCCUCUUCUGAGGAUUUUGUCCCUCCUUGAUGUAAGGAGUGCAUUUUCAUGAAAGCGAAAGCUUAUGUCUUCAUUGGAAAUGUUUUCGCUUAGCUGUACUUUUGCUUUUGUUUAUCUAACAAAAGAUGUUUUGGACUGAGGACAUUCCAUGCGAGGGAGGAAUAAAGCACAUACUUGAAUCAUUAGCUGACGGGUGUGUUUCCAUUACUGAAACUAUUGUAUUUCUAAGUUACAGGUCCAGCUGUAGUUUUGAUUUUGCACAUCGAGGAUCUGUUGAUACUAGUGAGUUACAUGAAACAUAGUGACGAAACCUUAUUGAAAUGUCUACUCUUUUUUUACUAUAGUUCUUUCCGUGCUGUGUGUGAGAUCUUAUACAUUUGCUUAUAUUGGCUGUUUUGUAAACUUUGCAAAUACAAUACAUGCACAGUCCUUAGAUUCAGAUGAAAUGAUGACCAAAGUAGAUACAGCUGUGCUAAAGCAAUCUCUCAACCCGGACUCUGCUGUAAAAAAACUGAACAGAUCUUCGUCAUGGCCACUUCUAAGUCCAAGCAGUGUUUCCUUCAGUGAGGCUCAGGCCAAAAUGCCCAGCACUGGGUCAACUGCUCUGCAGUCCUUAGCUUCAGGCUAUUCAGGGGCAGUAAACCAGUUGGCAAAUGACACUAAAAAGAUGAAAAUAAAGGAUCCAGUCGACAGAUCAUCAGUCUCUCACACACAGAAUGACAGGCUGACAGCAAACCACGAUCCUUGUCCAUACAGAGGUUUGUGCAAUCUAGGUGCCACCUGCUAUCUGAACGCAACCUUGCAGGUGCUCUUCAUGACCCAAGCGUUCAGAGAGAGAGUGCUGCGGCGAACUCCUGGUGACACAAGUGAGAAAUUAGAGACAGCAUUAAAGGAACUAUUUGAAGAGCUCAGUGAUCAGGACGGGGGUGCUCAGAGCGUCUCAACCAAAGGAGUAAUCAAGGCUCUCAGUAUACAGAGAAUAUAUGAGCAGCAGGAUGCUGUGGAAUACUUCCUAGAUAUCCUUGAGAAAGUAGGCCCUGAUUUGGCCAAGGUCUUUAGUGGAACUAUGAGGAACAACAGAAAAUGUUCAGAAGAUCACGAGUCUCACGAUGACAGCUCGUUCAAGUCACUACAGAUCGCUCUGAACAGCACAGACGGACCGUACAGACUGGAAGAUGGGGUUCAAUCAUAUUUUGAAUCCACAGCAUUAGUUGGAGAAGACCAGAUGUACUGUGAAACCUGUGAUGAGAAAAGAGAUACAACAUGGGGUUGUGAAAUACACGAGUAUCCAACAAUACUGCCUUUGCUCCUGAAAAGGUUUGUGUACGACUAUUGGUCAUGUGGGUUUGUGAAGAAUGAUUGCCCCAUGGAUGUACCGCUUCAUUUAUCUCUCGGGGAGCAGGAAUAUCAUCUCUAUGCUGUGAUCAAUCACAGGGGGAGCCGUUACGGAGGUCACUACACCGCUGACAUCCGCUCUUUUACUGAUAACAAGUGGUACUCUUUUGAUGACAGUCAUGUCACAGAGACUGAUGAGAGCAAACUGGAACGCUCUAGGGAAGCUUACUUGCUCUUGUACCAGAAACAUGUGGGCAAACCUUCUAGUUCAGUUGCACAGGUGAAGAAUGAAGAAGAGCCCAAAGCGAAAACCGCUGAAGCAGGAGAACCGGUGGAAACAGGCAGCGCUGAGUAUGGUGCAGCUCAUAAUAAACCACAUCUGGAAGUGUCUGCUGUGACGGGCCGUCUGAGGAUCCUUGUUCUGGGCAGACCAAAGAUUCACAAAACUCCUCUGGCAGAGAUGAUUAUGAGAGACGCUCGGUUCUGCCGUGAAUCACAGCUGCAGCACGCUGAGACCAUCACAGACGCUCUAGAAAUGUGCAGCCCUGGUCCACACAUGGUCCUUUGGGUGACCCGAUUAGGGAAUAACAAGAAAGAUUUCAAAGCGUUUGAAGAAAUCUACAGGUCAUUUGCGGCCAGGGAAUAUAUUAUGAUUGUCUUCAUCAGUGAGGGGCAUCCCACAGAAAGCAGCAUUGAAAAUGCAACGCAGUGUUAUGCAGGCAUAAAUAAUUAUCAUGUUCUUGACAAUAGUGCGGACUUGUGUGAACAGGUGAAAGAACUCGUUACCAAACUGUUAAAGAUUGUAGAUCCGAAUGAGAACCAAAGGCCACGUUGUGAAGAUGCCAAGAAACCACAAAAAAGAAAGCAUGAGGAAACUAAGAGCAUGCAUGAGAAGGAAAAAAACAGUAAAAAAAAUGUGUAAUCAAAUCAUGGAGAGACAGAGAAGAGAGAGAGAUCUCUGUUAGUCAGCUUGAGAAAGAUGUAAAGUAUCACGAAAAAAAGAGACAAAACGUUGUGUGAUAAAUUGUAAAAGUUUUAGUUAAUGUGCAUUCAGAUUUUAUUUUUUUUUUAAUAUAAAUAUAUUCAUAUUGGAAUGUACAGGAACUGCUGAUCUGUUAAAUAUUGUAUGAUGUCUAUACUGUGUGACAUUGAAAUCCCAAGGUUUUUGGAUGGAGUUUUGCUUCCUUUGGCUAAGUCGAGGACACGUGACUGAUCGCACAGACACUAUUGGACGAGAGCUGAACUGGAUGAUGACAUCACUGAAUCAGUCAGUUCAUGAGUUUCUGAUAUGAUUUAUAAUUCACCAUAUGUGUUUACCUUAUGAAAGUGUAUUGUAUUCGUCAAGUCACACAGCAGCUAUCACCAAAGAACUACUUCUGAUGGUUAGUUUGCGUGACUUUGUAUACCAUCAAGGUGCGAUGCAGCUUAUACUUCUUUCCAGCUGUUCGCAGAAAAUAAAACACAACACUGGUGUCUCACUGGAGA